AUGGGUAAGCCAAACACAUCAGCAAGGGGCGGCAAAGGUGGACGCGGGGGUGGUGGAGCUUCUCGGGGUCGAGGAAGGGGAGGUCGUGGUGGAGGUCGAAACAUGGCUGACCGCUAUGCAUCUGCUUUCGAAACUGACAGCUGGAGACCAGACAGCGCCAUUGAUGAGCCUAGACAAGAUUCUUCGGACGAGGCAGCUGACAGCAAAGACGACGAGGAAUCUCAAGACGACGUGGAGGACGAAGAAGAGAAUCAAGCUGAAGCAGACAGCGACUACAACUCGGUCGAUGGCGGCGACGAUGUCGCCUCAAUAUCUGUUCCCGUUGCAAUGUGGGACUUCAACCAUUGCGACCCGAAACGCUGCUCUGGCAAGAAACUCUCCCGUUUAGGUCUCAUCCAGGAACUUCGCGUAGGCCAAAAGUUCCGCGGCAUCGUGCUCACUCCGAACGGCACGCAAACCCUCUCUCCUGCCGACGCACACAUCAUUGCCGAGAACGGCGUCGCCGUCGUCGAAUGCAGUUGGGCUCGUCUCGACCAAGUGCCGUUUGGCAAGCUCAAGAGUCCGAACGAGCGUCUUUUGCCACACAUGAUCGCAACUAACCCGGUCAACUAUGGCAAACCGAUGAAGCUCAAUUGUGUCGAAGCACUUGCUGCGGCAUUUUAUCUAUGCUCGAUGCCUGCAGAGGGUCGAUUGCUGCUGUCCAAGUUUGGCUGGGGUGAGCAUUUCCCCAAGAUCAACGCGAGGUGGAUUCGUGCAUACAGAGGAUGCAAGGAUGCACCAGAGGUCGACCAGUUGAGUCGAAAGAUGGUCGAGGAGGACAAGCUGCAGAAGGAAGAGUUGAAGAAGCGGUUUAAUGAGCAGGGAGGCAUUCAAGGGACGCUGGAUAGGAUCGCCGACCAAGCAGCUCAGCAUGACGACGAGCUUGACAGCCAGGACGAGCGCCAAGCUGAAGAGAGGGCGCUUCAGCAAGAUUUUUCCAAGAUUGUUCGUGUCACGCAUCAAUCUGCCCAGGCCUAA